AUGGCGGACCUUACGGACAUCGGUUGCUGCAAUUGCUUUAGCUUUUUAAGGAAGCCCAGUGUACCUGUACAUCAACAUCAGGAUGCUGAUGGCAUGUUAUCUGAAGAUUUACUGAAGCGUCAAUCAGCUGAAGAUCCGGAUGGAAGUUUCUACACUGGAGAUGAUCCUGAUAUAAGCUUUUAUAACGGGGAUGAUCUUGAUAGAAGCUUCUACAAUGGAGAUGAUCCUGAUAGAAGCUUCUACGGUAGAGAUGAUACUGACUAUCUUGAGGGAAGUGAUGAUGGACCACCGAGGAAGAGUUCUGAAGAUAUUAUACAGUCAAGAAUUCAAAAUGGCUUUGCAUGUAGAGAGAUCCCAGUUAAAGAGACUAAAAAAGUAUUUCGCUCAGAGGAUGAAAAUUUUAAUAAGAUGGUCAAUCAAUUUGUCCACUUGGGAAAGAUUGGUUCUGGAAGCUACGGCAAAGUGGUUAUGUACAGAAACAUUAAAGAUGGGAAGUUGUAUGCAGUGAAGGUUCUGAAUAAGCCUUACAUGAUGAAAGUAUCCAUAAUGAAAAUGCUGAAUCACCCCAACAUUGUAAAUCUCGUUGAAGUGAUUGAUGACCCAAACAUAGAUAAAUUCUACAUGGUUCUUGAGUAUGUUGAAGGAAAAAUGGUUUGUGAUAAUGGUUUAGAAGAAGCUACUGCAAGAAAUUAUUUGCGAGACAUAAUAUCUGGUCUUAUGUAUCUUCACUCUCAUAACAUUAUUCAUGGUGAUAUCAAACCAGACAAUCUCUUGGUUACCAGUGCCGGCAAUGUGAAGAUAGGGGAUUUCAGUGUUAGCCAGGAUGAUGAUGAUAUGCUUUGGAGAUCUCCUGGCACUCCUGUUUUCACUGCCCCAGAGUGCUGUCAAGGUUCAGCCUACCAUGGUCGGGCAUCUGAUACAUGGGCAGUUGGUGUAACUUUAUAUUGUAUGGUUUCUGGGCAUUAUCCAUUUCUUGGGGAUACAUUGCAGGAAACUUAUGAUAAGAUCCAGGGGAUCGCAUCACGCUGCAGGCUGCGGCUGAGCAUCCUUGGGUUGCUGGGAAUGAAGGGCCAGUCCCUGAAUUCAUCUGUAGAUGUGGGUUUGGCCGCAGGAAGAGGAAUGAUGUCCGGGAAGAAGUACAAUAACAAAGCAUCCUCGGAUGGUCUACAGGUCUAG